CGGGAAUCCCAGCCCGCCGCCCGUAGGUGACGUCAGCCGCCUCCACGCGCGGGUACCACAAGUCCCAUCAGGCACCGCGCCGGGCCGCCUCCCGGGGUGUCUGCACCAGCUCCCGGCGCCUUCGGAGCCUCCGCGGGGAAGGUGAUGGGUUUCUGGGCGCCUUGGACUGCAGGGCCCAUCUUCCCCAACGAGAGGGGAUGAAGACCCUUGUUGGCUGUGCCCGUCGGUAUUUGGUCCUCUUCAGGCCCUGUUGUGCUCCUCAGUUGUGGAAAAGAGGCCACCAGGUGCUCCAUUCUUUUCAAAGGCCUACAGUUCUGCAACAGGGAGGUAGCCGGAUGCCCAUCCUUCGCCGGGUGCAGCCCCGCUGGCUGGGUAGCCUUGACUUGUCUCAGCACGAUCCGAAGCCACAAUCUAGCCUUGGAAACACAGAGAAAUUUACUUUGAUUUACCGAUUCCCCAGCAUCAGGUUGUUGAAACUCUUCUCGAGGUUGAAGGUGCUGCAGACGGGCCUCGCUCUGGUGGUCCUCCCCCCGCUCUGGUAUCUCCACGGGAUAAACCAGGUUACUUUUGCUCAGGGCUUUUACGCCACAGGCCUCUUCUCCUUCACCCUGGUCUUUCUGUACACCAUCAGCUUCUUUCUGCAACGGGUCAUCGGCUUCAUGUAUCUGAGCGAAAGCGGGACUCUCUUGAAGAUCUCCCACUUGACCUUUUGGGGGAAGAGGCGAGAUUUCUGCUGUCCGGUCGAGUCUGUGGAGCCCUUGGAAGACGAAGACGGACAGAGCAACAGGCACCUCCUGAAGUUCAGACGGCAGGACCAGAAAAAAGUCUUGUAUUUUUCACUUCUUUGGGGGCAGGUUGUGAAUCAAGAAGCCUUUGGCAAAGUCUUCGGUGUUAUUCCUAAGUGUGUGUGAGAGGGGGAGGGGGGGAAAAGAAAUUUUAACAUCCACAAUGUCCCAAAGAUGCUUUUUCAGGAGGCAACUGGGCUUUCUUGUUUUUCUUUUGAAGACGUUUCGCUUUUCAUCCAAGAA